GGGGAGGCGCGCGAAGCGACGGAGCCAGAGGACGCGCCCGCUCACAACUUUCUCUCCAGCUUUGGCUUCUACUUUGCGCGCUGCUUCCCGCAGCCCCAGCCAUGCACUUGCUGGCCAAGCCGACCCGGCUCUGCGCCUUGCAAAAGCGGGACUCCCCCGUGCAAAGGGAACGCUCCUAGAGGCUUGGAAGAGGAGCGGGAGGGAGGAGGUCCCUCCGUCCAGAACCUGCAAUGGAAACCAAGACCAGGAGGCUUGUUGUGAGCUUUGCACUUUGCCUAAUGUUCUUUCUGACUUGUGAUGGAAAUUCAGAAAAAGGCAAUGCUUCCCUACUCCACUUUACUCAUCCUCUCUAUAACGCCACCAUCUUUGAAAAUUCAGCUCCCAAAACCUAUGUGGACAGUUUUGUCAAAAUGGGCAUUUACAUCACUGACCCAGCAUGGGACAUCAAAUACAAAAUAGCUUCUGGAGACACAAGUGGACUCUUUAAAGCUGAGGAGUUUAUUAUUGGAGAUUUCUGCUUUCUAAGGAUUAGAACAAGGAGUGGCUAUACUGACCGUCUGAACAGGGAGUUCAAAGACAAGUACAUAUUGAUAAUCCAAGCCAUAGAGAAGACAUUUGCCUAUGAGGCUUGGGUUAAAGUGCUGAUCCACAUCCUCGACAGAAAUGAUUUGAAGCCUCUGUUCUCACCCCCUUCUUAUAAAGUGACCAUCAAAGAUGACACACCCUUGAAAGCCACAAUUGGGGUGGUCAGUGCCACCGAUGCUGAUGUUGGCCAGAAUGCUGAGUUCUAUUAUGCAUUGAAUACAAGGUCAGCACUGUUUGCCGUUCACCCCACCACUGGAGCUAUUAUGACUGCCAUGAGACUGAAUGCCACCCACAGAGGGAAGCACCAAUUAAAAGUUCUUGCUGUGGAACGAAUGAGGAAGAUCUCUGAAGGAAAUGGCUUUGGAAACUCAGCCAACAUUAUAGUUCAGAUAGAACCAUCCUUCAGGAAGCCCCCAGUCAUUGUUUCAGUAACGAUAAGACCAUCUGAUUCUGUUGAGGACCUCUUAUAUGCAACUUUGAGUGUAGAAGCAGAUGGCUCUGGUUCUGGAAUAGACUCAGUUGACAUUAUAGGGGGAAAUGAAAAAGGCUAUUUCAAAUCCAUGAGAUCAUAUGUAGGAAGCAAUGAGUUCAUGAUAGUGUCAGCCAAGGAGAUCAACUGGAAUGAGAACUCACUUGGUUUUAAUCUCAGCCUACAGGCUAAGGACAAGAACAAGCCACCUCUUCUUUCUCAGACUGUAGUUAUUCCAAUACCACCUUCAAAAUACACCUUUGCAAAAUUUGAAAAAGAUGUGUAUCAAGUCCAACUCAGUGAGUUUGCUCCUCCUGGGAGUCAUGUUGUUAUGAUUCAAAUCACCCCAGUACUCCCAAACCUUAAAUACAUUUUACAAACCAGUUCUGACAGUGCAAGUUUUAAAAUCAAUCCUCAAACUGGACUCAUAACUACAGAUAAAGUGAUAGAUUUUCAAGAACAGUCCCGCUUUGUUCUUAAAGUUAAAACUAAUUAUAGCCAGGCCUCUGUUACUGUCAUUGUUGAUGUUAUUGACUGCAAUAAUCAUCCUCCAAUCUUUACCCAAUCUUCGUACCACAGCACCUUUUAUGAAAAUCUGCCUUCUGGCACCAGUGUUCUCUUGGUGAAAGCUACUGAUAGUGACUCUGGUGAGAAUGGCUUCAUCACAUAUACCAUAGCCAACCAGAAGAAUGUUCCAUUUGCCAUAGACCCAUUUUCAGGCAUCAUUUCCACGACUAAAUUAAUGGAUUAUGAAUUAAUGCAGAGGUGGUACCACCUGCGUGUCUGGGCAUCAGACUCAGGAUCUCCUUUUCGUCAUCAGACAGAAGUUUAUGUUUCCCUCAUUCUGAAUAACUUGAAUGAUAACGCACCAGUAUUUGAAAAGAUUAACUGCAAUGGUAGUAUUCCAUGGGACUUGCCUGUUGGGCAUCCUGUGAUUACAGUGUCAGCCAUAGAUGUCGAUGAGCUGCAGCGCAUAAAGUAUGAAAUCAUAUCUGGCAAUGAAAGACAGCUUUUUGAACUGGAUUCUGUAUCUGGUGUAAUUUCCCUUAGAGCUUCUCUCAGAGAUUUCUAUGAAGAACUACCAGCUUUCCAUUCUCUCAAAAUUAGUGCCACAGAUAGCAAUAAUUAUGCUUUCCCAACCUGGAUAAAUAUCACUGUGGUUAACCAGAACAAUCCAGUCUAUUUUCAUUGUGAAGAGACUGGGGUAUUAAAGGAUGUGGCCAGGACUAUAAUCCAUUCUAUUGACUCCCAGUCUCCAGAACAAAACUUGGAUGAAGAUUCCACCUUGAAUGCACAUCUUAUGAAUAAUCAUGCCCCUCAAUUUGAUGACACCUUUCCAAGGUCUAUUGAUGUAAUGGAAUCAGUUCCAUUGAAUUCAUCUAUAACUCGGUUGACAGCCAGAGACAAUGAUACUGGCUUUAAUGGGAAGAUAGUUUAUGUGAUAUCUUCUGGAAAUGAGGAUAGUUGCUUUUAUAUUGACACAGAAACAGGUCUUCUUCUGGUGUCCUCUCCAUUUGACCAUGAAAGAACAAGUUUCUAUGUGCUCAACAUCACUGUGUAUGACCUCGGCACUCCUCAGAAGUCAUCAUGGAAGUUACUAGCAGUAAAUAUUCUGGAUGCAAAUGAUAAUGCUCCAAUUUUUUUACAAAGUACAUAUUUGGUUACUAUACCAGAGGACAUAAAAAUAGGAGCAACAAUCAUAGUGGUGAAAGCUGAAGAUGCUGAUACAAAUGACAAUGGAAGAGUGAAAUAUUCAUUCCUGGCACCCACCGAUAAAUUUGCCAUUAAUAGUGUCACUGGCGAAGUAGUUGUCACUACUCCUCUUGACAGGGAAUUAUGGCCUCAGUAUGUAUUAAAGGUUGAGGCUAGAGACCAACCCCACUUGGGCCACCAGCUCUUUACCAUUGCUGAUCUGAUUAUUUCAUUAGAAGAUGUGAAUGACAAUUCUCCACACUGCAACCCAGUCUUGAAUAAAGUGAAGGUCCCUGAGGACCUGCCUGUGGGGACAAUUUUGUUGUUUCUGGAAGCUUUUGAUCCAGACAGCAUCUCUGGGGCAGAAUUAAAAUAUGAACUGUUUGAUGAGAGUGAUAAUACAUUCCAUCUGAAUGAGCUGACCGGAGCUCUGAUCUUGGAGAAAGAGUUAGAUUAUGAAAAGAGGGACUUUUACAACCUAACUGUGAAGGUCAGCGAUGGUGGAAAGCUCCAAUCUCACUUUUCCCUCUGCCAUGUUGAGAUUGAGGUUAUGGAUGUCAAUGAAAAUUUGCAUCCUCCUUACUUUGAAACUUUUGCAUAUCAAGGGUCAGUGGAGGAAAACAGUCCAGAGGGGACGUCUGUGAUGACUGUAACAGCUCAAGAUGGCGAUAAAGGAAAAGAUGGAGAAAUUCAGUAUUUCAUCAGAGAAGGAACAGGCCUGGCUGUCUUUGAUAUUGAAAAGGAUUCAGGUACAAUCUUUACAAUAGGACCACUAGACAGAGAAUCCAACUCUCAUUAUUGGCUGACAGUGCUAGCUGUUGAUUUAGGAUCGGUCACUCUCUCUUCUGUGGUUGAAAUUUACAUUGAAGUCACCGACGUUAAUGACAAUCCACCCCAGUUAUCCAGACCUGUCUUUCAUUCCUCUGUCAUGGAGAAUUCACAGGUCAAUACUUCAGUUCUUCAAGUUGAAGCCACUGAUCCAGAUUCUGACUCCCAAGGAAAGCUGACUUUUCACAUCAUCAAUGGAAAUCAUCAAGAUUUUUUUGCCAUUAAUCCUGAAACUGGUCUGAUUUAUACCACUUCUCAGCAGCUGGAUCGUGAAUACAAGGCUGAACAUAUCUUAGAAGUAUCUGUUUCAGACAAUGGUGAUCCAGAAUUGAAAUCUACCAGCAGAAUAGUAAUCCAGGUCAUAGAUGUCAAUGACAAUGCGCCCAGCUUCUCCCAAAAAUUCUUUAUGGUUCAGCUACCAGAAAAAGCAACAUCUGAGACCCCUUUAUCAGUGUGCAGAAUAAUUGCUGCUGAUCGCGAUGAGGGCCCCAAUGCCCAAGUUACCUACAGUCUUGAAGAAAACAAUGAGGGAUUCUUUACAAUCCAAGCAAUGACCGGCAUGGUGUUCUCCAGAAAAGCUUUUCCUGCCCAAGAAUAUAACAUAUUGACAGUCAAAGCGACUGACAAUGGCAGCCCACCACUUUCCUCCAGUGUGAGACUUCACAUCAGUUGGAUAUCUAAGCCUCUCCCUUCAUCAGAGCCACUAGCCUUCGAUGAACCUCAUUUCAACUUUGCAGUCAUGGAAACAGACCCAGUGAACCACAUGGUGGGGGUGAUAAGCGUGGAGGCUGGGCUCAGCCAACUCUGGUUCAACAUCACAGGUGGCAAUGAGGAAAUGGAUUUUGAUAUUGAGAAAAGCACUGGCAGCAUUGUCAUUGCAAGAAUCCUGAAUGCAAAGAAAAGAUCCAACUACAACCUCACAGUGGAAGUUACAGAUGGAUCCAGUAUCAUCAAGACACAGGCCUAUGUCCGGGUGAUUGGCAUUAACCAGCAUGCUCCCCGGUUCUUGGAAUACCAGUACGAGGUUCACAUUCCUGAAGACACUCCUCCUGGAACAGAAUUCCUUCGAGUCAGUGCAACUGACAAAGACCAUGGGAAAGAGCUGAUCUACACCCUUCAGAGCAGCAUGGAUCCCAGAAGCAUGAAGCUCUUUCAGAUUGACCCCAGCAGUGGUGCACUCAUGACAGUGGCAGGGCUUGAUUUUCAAACUAUGUCAUUGCACACAUUGACAGUUAUGGUCCGAGACCAGGAGGGUCCAAUCAAGAGAGACUUUGCCAGAGUUGCAAUCUAUGUUGAAGACAGUAACAACCAUGCUCCCCAGUUCACCAGUCUUCACUACAACGCAAUAGUCCUGGAUUCAGCUCCAGUAGGCACAGAAGUUGUGCAAGUGCGAGCCCUGGAUCAGGAUCAAGGUGUUAAUGCUGAAAUCCACUACUACCUAGAAGCAGGCAACAGUGGAGAUUUCUUCACCAUCAACAAGUUCUCUGGAAUUAUUACUAUUUCUCAGAAGCUCCAUCCCCCCAAACAAGAGAGAUUCACACUCACUGUAAAGGCAGAAGACCAAGGAUUUCCCCAACUGGAGGAUUCAUCUACAGUGAAUGUUUACAUUAAACCCUCUGAUGGCACACCUCCACAGUUCUCUGAGGAACAGUAUGUUGUAGAGAUCAGUGAAUUUGCUGCUAUUGGCUCUUCUGUUAUUCUUGUUUCAGCCACUAGCCUUUCUUCAGUUACCUAUGAAAUUAAAGAAGGAGAUGAGGAUGGCAUAUUUUCUAUCAACUAUCAAUCUGGCCUUAUUUCUCUGCAAAAGAAUCUAGAUUUUGAGCAGAAUUCGUCUUACCAACUGAAGAUCCAUGGCACCAACAUGGCAGGAUCAUUUGUGGAAGUUCCAGUGUUUGUUUUUGUUGUAGAUGAGAAUGACAAUGCACCCGCCUUUGAUAAGCCAUCUGUUGUUGGCUGGAUCAAAGAGAAUGUCCCAAAGGGUAGCAUGGUUAUGGAUGAAAACAAUUCUCCACUAGUGAUACGUGCAUCAGAUGCUGAUCAAGAUUCAAAUAGUUUGUUGGUCUAUGAAAUUUUGCAGCCAGAGGUACUGGAUUUUUUCAAAAUAGAUCCAGGCAUGGGCACUCUCAUAACUUGUGCUGAUAUUGAUUAUGAGCUUUCCCCAGUUUUCCACUUCAGCGUUCACGUACAUGACAGUGGUUACCCCACUUUAUUCGCUUCCACACCCACUGAAGUCACCAUUUACGUCAAGGAUGUAAACGAUUGUCCUCCGGCAUUUACAAGAGAUAGUUAUGAACUUUCUGUAGAACUUCCUGUCCAUCCUAAUAUGGAGAUUUUUACAGUACAUGCAGAAGAUGUUGACUCGGAAAUAACCUACAGUAUCUUUGAUGGAAAUCAAGACAGCAUUUUCAACAUCUGCCCUACAACUGGCGUUAUUUCUGUGCUAAAUGCUAUUACCUUAGGCCACUAUCAUGAACUCACCAUCAGAGCUAGUGAUGGCUUAUAUACGACUAAUGCAUUGGUUAGAAUCAAUUUUGUUGAAGCACAAGUCAGCAGUUUAAGAUUUGGUCAAGAUUUAUAUACAGCAACAGUGAAGGAAAACUCCACAGAAGUUCAGACUCUGGUUGUUUUUGAUGUCACUGGCAAUCAACUGAAUGAGCCACUCUUUUACUCUAUCUUGAACAGCACAGAAUGGUUCAGGAUAAUCAAGUCUUCUGGAAUACUCCAGACCAAGGGUGUGGCAUUUGAUCAUGAAACUCAGGAUACGUAUGAGAUUGCAGUGGAGGUAAAGGACUUUAGAAAUCCACCCAGGGUAUCUCAGGCCAUAGUAAAAAUACAUGUGGAUGAUAUUAAUGACAAUCCUCCACAUUUUGAAAAUGUGCCUUAUUAUAUUGCAAUCCAAGAUGGCACUGAGCCAGGUGAUGUCAUCCUUCAGGUGUCUGCAACUGACAAAGACUUGGGAAAUAAUGGUGUCGUUUUUUACUCCUUUGUAGAAGACUACAAAUACUUCUGGAUUGACCCAUACUUAGGAGACAUCUCACUUAAGAAACCCCUUGAUUAUCAGGCGUUAAAUAAAUACAUUCUCCAGGUUACUGCCAGAGAUGCUGGUGAGCCUCCCUUGUAUGCUGAAGAAGAGGUCCUAGUCAUUGUGAGGGACAAAUCCAACCCCUUGUUCCAGAGCCUCUUCUAUACAGUCAAGGUUCCUGAGAACAUCCCACUCUACACACCCAUUCUCCACAUCCAGGCUCGGAGUCCUGAAGGUUUGCGCUUAAUAUACAACAUCGUGGAAGAAGACGCCCUGAAAAAAUUCAACAUUGACUUCAAGACUGGUGUGCUUAUGGUCACUAGCCAGCUGGACUAUGAAUCUGAUACAAAACAUGCCUUUACAGUUAGAGCCACAGACACAGCAGUGGGUGCCUUUUCAGAAGCAGUAGUAGAAGUCGAGGUUGAGGAUGUUAAUGACAAUCGACCUGCAUUUUCUCAAAUGGUCUACACAGCAUCUGUGUCUGAAAGCAUGCCACCACGGAGCCCCAUUAUACAGCUGUUUGCUAAUGAUAAAGAUUCGGGGAGAAACAGGCUCAUUUCCUAUCAGAUUUUGGAGGAACGUUCAAAUGCAUCAAAGUUCUUCACUAUUGAUUCCAGCACAGGUGAAAUAACUACAACUCAGUUGAUCGAUUAUGAAAAAAAUCAGGAAUUUCACAUCAAAGUGAGGGCCAUUGAUCAUGGAGUGCCUCCUCUCAGUAGUGAAGCCUUGGUAACAAUUAGUGUAUUGGAUGUCAAUGAUAAUCCACCCAAGUUUAGUCAACCUCAAUAUCAGGCCAAUGUGAGUGAAAUAGUCAGCUGUGGCCAUGUUGUGAUUAAAGUCCAGGCUUUUGACCCUGACAGCUGGAACACAUCUAAGUUGGAAUAUCUGAUACUUUCAGGGAAUGAGAAAAGACACUUCACCAUCAAUAGCACUUCGGGAAUCAUUUCCACAUUGAACCGUUGUAAAAGGGACCUGGAACCUUUUUAUGAUCUCACGGUCUCUGCUUCAGAUGGAGUAUUUAAGACCACUGUACCAGUUUAUAUCAAUGCCACAAAUGUCAAUAAAUAUAGCCCAUCUUUUCAGCAGGAUGUUUAUGAAGCAGUAUUGGCUGAAAAUGCUGAAAUAGGAACUAAAGUGAUUGAGUUGUUAGCUACUGACAAGGAUGAUGGUCCAUAUGGCACUGUAGAUUAUACCAUCAUAAAUAAGCUUGGUCAAGAGAAGUUUGCAAUAGAUGAAAUGGGUCGCAUUGAAACACUGCAAAAACUGGACAGAGAAAAUUCAACAGAAAGGGUUGUUGCAAUUAAAAUCAUGGCCAAGGAUGCAGGAGGAAAGGUAGCAUUCUGCACAGUCAAAAUCAUACUUGCAGAUGAAAAUGAUAAUCCACCUCAGUUCAAAGCCUCUGAAUAUGUCUUGUCUGUCCAGUCCAAUGUGAGCGAAGGGUCCCCUGUCAUUCAAGUACUAGCUUAUGAUGCUGAUGAAGGGGUGAAUGCUGAUGUCAUUUACUCUGUUGAUUCAGUAGAGGAAGUCAUUGUGGAAGACGUUAUUGAGAUUAAUACUGCCACAGGAGUUGUUAAAGUCAAGGAGAGCCUCAAUGAAUUAGAAAACAGAACAGUGAACUUUAAAGUCAAAGCUGAAGAUGCCAGACCACCACACUGGAAUUCUGUUGUUCCGGUCAACCUUCAUGUUGUUCCAAAGGAAGCAUCAUUGCCAAGGUUUUCUGAGCCAUUGUACACCUUCUCAGCAUCUGAAGACCUCCCAGAGGGUUCAGAAAUAGGAUCUGUUAGAGCUGUGUCAGAGGACCCUGUCAUCUACAGUCUGGUUAAAGGGACAACAACUGAAAGUAAUAAAGAAGGCAUAUUUAGUUUGGACGAGCAAACAGGGGCCUUGACCGUUCAAAAGGCAAUGGAUCAUGAAAAGAUGAAAUGGUACCAAAUUGAUGUUUUAGCUCACUGCUCACACCAAGAUACUGAGUUGGUCUCUUUGGUAUCUAUCAAUAUCCAUGUCAAAGAUGUCAAUGAUAACAAACCAGUUUUUGAAGCUAAUCCCUACAGGGCCUUUGUUAUGGAAAACAUGCCAACAGGAACUACUGUGAUCCAAGUUACUGCUAAUGACCAGGAUACUGGUAGUGAUGGGCAGGUGACCUACAGCUUGAGAGCAGAAUCAGACAACAUCAGAGAACUCUUCACAAUUGACAGUGAAAGUGGCUGGAUCAUGACACUAAAGGAGCUAGAUUGUGAGGUUCAGGAGACCUACAAUUUUUUUGUUGUGGCAUCCGACCAUGGGAGGAAAAUUCAGCUUUCUUCUGAAACCCUAGUAGAGGUCACCAUCACUGAUGAAAAUGACAAUGCUCCACAAUUUACCUCUGAAAUCUACAAAGGUUCAAUUGUUGAAAAUGCAGAGCCUGGGCUGACGAUUACUACUCUGAAAACUAUUGACACUGAUAUCUCAGAACAAAAUCGACAAGUCACAUGUUAUAUAACUGAAGGAGAUAUUCUGGGACAAUUCAGUGUUAAUGAGGUUGAUGGAGAAUGGAAAAUUUUGUCCAAGACACCUCUGAACCGGGAAGAUGCAGACAAAUAUCUGCUCAGAGUUAUAGCUUCUGAUGGAAAGUUUCAAGCAGCAACUGAAGUGGAGAUCUCUGUCCUUGAUGUCAAUGAUAACAGCCCUGAAUGCAAGCAGAUACCAUACAAAGCGAAAAUUAUAGAAGAUGCUUCGCAAGGAUUUUCUGUUUUGAAAGUGUCAGCCACAGAUGCUGAUGUUGGCAUUAAUGGGCAGAUUAUCUACACACUCCAUGGACCUGGUGCAGAAGACUUCCGACUGGACCCCUACACAGGGGAGCUGACCACUUUUGCAUUACUUGACCGGGAGUUGAAGCCUCAGUACCAGCUUGUUGUCAAGGCAUCAGAUGGAGGUGGCCGCUUUUGCCAGAUGGACGUAAUUGUGGACAUUGAGGAUGCAAAUGACAAUGCUCCAAGAUUCUUCCCCAGUCACUGUGCAGUCGCCAUCUUUGAUAACACUACAAUAAAUACUCCAAUUGCAGUUGUCAUUGCAAGGGACGCUGAUGAAGGUCAUAAUGCAGAAGUUGUCUAUUCUCUUGCUGAGUCAGCUAGUGGCCACUUUUCCAUAGAGGAGACAACUGGAGUGAUCCAUCUGGAAAAGCCUUUAAUGGAAUUGCAGACUUCUGCACUGGAGCUGACUGUGUGUGCCACAGACAGGGGUUCCCCAUACUCCCUUUCUUCCCUUGCUACUGUGGCAGUCUCCAUAGUGGACCUAAAAGAAUAUCUGCCUGUCUUCCUGGACUCAGAGUAUGUGGUUGUAGUACAAGAAGAUGUGGCUGUUGGCACAGAGGUUUUGAAUCUGGCCUCAUUGACAAGAGACAAUGCUCAGAGCACAGAGAUCAAGUAUGAAAUCAUGAAUGGGAAUGAUCACGGGAAAUUCAGGCUCCAUCCAACCACAGGCAUCCUAUAUAUCAAUGGAAGCCUGGAUUUUGAAACUAGCCAUGAAUAUUACCUGUCUGUUGAGGGUACAAGAAAGAGCUCUGCCUCUCUCAGUGACAUUGCCAUGGUCAUUAUCAAUGUCACAGACAUAAAUGAUCAUGUGCCAAAGUUCAGCCAAGAUCUUUAUGUUGCUGACACCCGUGAAGAUGCUGCUGUUGGUGAAAUUGUGCUCACGGUUUUAGCUGAUGACAAAGAUGGAGUGAUGAACAACCAAAUCACAUACUCCAUUGUGACAGGGAAUCCACUGAGCCAUUUCAUCAUUGAUCCCCAGACUGGAGAGAUCCGUAUUGCCAAGUACUUGGACAGGGAGGAGAUAUCCAGCUACUCGCUGAAGGUCCAAGCUACAGACAAUGGGCAGGGGCCUCUUUCUAGUGAUACCACUGUACUUAUUCGUGUGUCAGAUAUCAACGAUAAUCCACCAAGGUUCUUUCAGCUCAAUUACAGUGUAGCAGUUCAGGAAAACUCUCCAGUUGGCACCAGUGUCCUUGAGCUAGUUUUGAGUGAUAGGGACUCCCCAGAGAAUGGGCCACCAUACUCUUUCAAGAUCAUAGAAGGAAAUGAAGGAAAGGCAUUCCAGAUCAACCAAGAUGGUGUGUUGGUGACCUCAUCCAUCCUUAACAGAAGAACAAAAGAACAAUACCUUCUGCAUGUCCAGGUCACAGAUAGUGGCAUCCCUCCUCUGUCCUCCUCUGCAUUUGUAAACAUCCAAGUGACACAGCAAAGCAGAUACCCUCCUUCUGCACUUCCACUGGAAAUUUUUGUCACUACUAAUGAAAGAGCAUUCCGAGGUGGCGUUCUUGGCAAAAUCCAUGCCACAGAUCGAGACCCUCAUGACACCCUGCUAUACACUUUAGUGUCCAAAGCAUUUGAAAAGAGAUACUUUUCAGUGGGUGCUACAGAUGGGAAGAUUAUUGCUGACGAUGGGCUCCCGCAUGGACAUUAUGCUCUGAAUGUAACUGUCAGUGAUGGAACAUUUGCAGCCACAACCACUGUCCACAUCCAUGUGUGGUCCUUCAGCCAGGAAACCUUGGAUAAGGCUGUGAUGCUACGCUUCCACCACCUUACUCCAGAGGAGUUUAUAGGGGAUCACUGGCACAACCUGCAAAGGUUUCUGGGAAGAAUCUUAGAAACCAGACGGCAGAACAUCCACAUGGCAAGUCUGCAACCUUCAGUGGGUUCUGAUGGUGUAGACCUCCUAUUGGCCAUUGGAGAACCACGACGUGCUUUCUAUGAGCCCAAUUUCAUUGCUAGCAAAAUUUAUCAAGCAGCUGCAGAAAUGGACCAGCUAGUGGAACUGCAAGUCAAGAAGUUGGCUCAUGUUCCGUGCUAUGAGGCUGACUGUGCUGCCCAGCGGGCCUGCAAAGAAACAAUUCAGCUUGAUCCAGGCAUGGUGUUCACUUACAGUACUGCCCGACUCAGUGUCCUCACUCUUCAGCAUAACUUGGAACAAAUAUGUUCUUGCAAUGGCACAGCUAUAAAAUUCAAUGGACACAGUUACAUCUGGUACCACUACCAAGGCAGAAGGGACUGGCAGAUGCAAUUGCGUGUGCAAACCAACCAGCUCCAUGCUGUAAUGCUCACUACCAAUGGGAGCAAUAGUGCUGUUCUGCAGCUUGUCAAUGGAAUACCUCAUUUGGAAUACAGAUGUAGGAGUGGUUUUAUCGGGAACCUUUCAUCCAACCAUUUUGUGAGUGACAGAGCUUGGCACUCAGUCUUUCUGGAAGUGAAGAGCCAUUCCAUCCAUUUGCUUGUUGACAACUUGGCAAAUGCCUCUCUCCAGCUGCCAGAAGCCUGCAGUGUUUCCCACUCCAGGAGAGAUCUGCUCAUUGGUGGAUUUGUGCAGCAUCAUCAGGCUCAGAGGGUCACCAGUGGGUUCAGAGGCUGCCUGGAUGCCAUUACAGUCGAUGGAAGGGAUUUGGUGGCUCUGCCAAAGGAGAAGAGGUCUAGAGGAGUUGUUGAAGAGGCAGGUGUUAGGCAAUGCUGCCCUCACACUGGGGUCUGCAGAAGCAAUCCCUGCCUCAAUGAUGGACUCUGUACUGAGAUGAAAAAUGGAGGUUAUUCUUGCACCUGCCCCCUACAAUUUUCUGGUGACCACUGUGAGGUGACCGACAGACUUUGUGAAAGCAAGCCCUGCUUACAUGGUGGUACAUGUGCCCUCUCUGAGAAGGGUGGCUACACAUGCCAUUGCCCAGAGUGGUAUUGGGGGAAAAGGUGUGAAAAACUUGCAGAGAAGUGCCAGGAAAAUCCAUGUCUGAACUCUGGGCGCUGUGUGAAUUCUGAUGGCUCCAUCCAUUGCAUUUGCCCAGAGGACUUCCAGGGGGCAUUCUGCACACAGCAAAUUAUCACUCCAAAUAUUAGUCCAUCCAGUUGGGCCCUGGCCCCUGCAGAGAUUGCCAAGAUUUCUGCUGGCGUUUUUGGUGUCAUCAUCCUGGUAGCAAUGUUCGUUGUCAUACGGAAACGCUAUGGCCGCAAAGUCAAAGCCCACAAACCAGUUGCUAAAGAGGACCCGGACCUGAUUUCCAAAAGUGAAUUCUCCAAGAGUGUUGGGGUUGGCACUCAAGGUCUUCCUCCCAUUGAACUCAACAUUCUCAACGAUACUCACCAUCACAACCAGCUCAAUGCACUAGACCCAGGCAAGCCUACUGUUGGAUCAGAGUUCAUCUCCUUCAACACAAGCAAUGUCCAGAAACAACGGGGUGCCAUUGUGUGCAGUGUGGCCCCCAAUCUCCCAAUUCCUGCACCCUCAUCUAACUCAGACAAUGAGUCCAUCAUCAAGAGCAGCUGGGCUGGAGAAAAGAUGGUGUACCCAGGAGAGACAAUCUAUUGGCCUCCAAGAUACCAGCCUGCUGACAUCCAAGACUAUCAUCAAUAUGAAGUUAUUGAAGCCCCCCUUCCACCUUCUCAACGCCAUCGGCCCUGUCCUCCUAUAGACUCAGACCCAGCUGGUCUUUAUGGUGGCUUCCCUUUCCCACUUGACCAAAACAACAAGCGAGCCCCUAUCCCACCACGCUACAGCAACCAGAAUCUGGAAGAUUUCUUGCCUCCUAAUUCAGCCGAGCAACCUGCUUCCCAGUGUCAGAAUGAAUACACUGCCAUUAGCUACUACCCUUCCCAGCUAAUAGAAAAUGAGAGAGCACCUUAUCAUCCGGACAGUGGGUACAAGAGGGUGAGCAUGCGGCUUAGUGUGGCCCAACCCUCCUAUGCAGACUGCGAGAUGAGCUCCUCAUCCAAUGUUAGAACUCAGCCGGCAUCACCUCUUAAUUAUGAGGGCUCAGACAUGGUGGAGAGUGACUAUGGGAGCUGUGAAGAGGUGAUGUUUUAGUGGGAAAGAGAUGAAAUGCUGCACUUCAAAUUAAAACACAUAGAGCAAAAGGAGAUGCUGUUUAUUUUGAACAUCUUUGUCCUGGAACUUUCUGUUGUGUUUUUAACAGCAGUACUUCUCCAUGUGUUACUGAGGCUGUGGUCCUCUUUUCAGUUGCAUAGCAUACAAUCCCAUAAGGGAAGCUGAGCUGUAAGACUUGGUUGCAUCACUGUGCCACCCUUUGCACAAUGAGUUAUGCAGUCUCCUGUUGCACAGUGGUCACUCCAGUCCCCACUUGCCACUAAGGACAGUAUUUUUAAACUUCCUGGGCAUGCACAGUGGUUUUUCAUUAGCAUCACAGGGCUAGGAUGUUGAAUGCUAUCAAUGCACAAUGCCCUAAAAGUUCAGUCAUUUACACCAAUGCAAGGCUACAACAGGAUUCUAGCUAACACUGGAAAGUAGCAUUGGUGUGUCUCACAGUCCUGCCAAUGACUUCUGCUCUGGGUUGGAUUCCAAACAGACCUGGUCACUGUUCCAAGUUGGAUUGCAUCGGAGGAACAACAGAGACAUAUGCACCAAGCAGUAUGAAAAGAACUGUGAUAAACUGCUGACAGCAACCUAUCCUUUGCAGUAGUGAUUUCUUUACGAAUGGAUAGAAACCUGCAGCACCCUCUCUUUAAUCCCUUGCAUGGACAGCAUAUUCAUCCACAGAUCUCAUACAGAAACAGAAUUUGUCAUAAUUGAGGAACCGCAUGCACAUGUGCCUAUCAGUUCCCACAACAAGCACCACUGAGGUUGAAUGGAUUACUUUGUCUAAAAUGUAGGAAAAUGAAAGUGGCAGUUGAAAACUGGUGAUAUGUGCCUUUAGUUUUUGUAUCAAUGGUUCCCACUGGACUAAAAGUUCCCAAAGGGAACUGGGAUGGAGCUAGGACUGAUGAAUGGCUUUCUUGUAAUUUCUGUAUUUCUUUGCUCCUUUCAUAAAAAGGAGCAUAUAUUAUCAUGUUUGUUUCUCCAUUCUCUUGUCUGUCACCGUCAAGACAGCUGAAUGAAAAGGGCCAAAGGAGAAUUUCUACAGGAUGAAGAAAUGCAACAUUGAAAGUGUUGUCUCCUCAUUGCCACAAUCAUUACAAGCCAGUGAAAAUAAUGAAUGUAGAUAGAUGUGUAUGAAAGUAGUUUUAGUGGUUCGUACUAAAAACUUUGCUUCUUCCCUAAAAGCAAUGUCCUUUCUUCAUCCUUGUGAAGAAAGACACAAGGGCUCCAUAUUAAUUAAACUGAGAUGUUUAUUGAUGGACCCAAAUGUUACCAGAUUUCUCAGUUUUCUGUCCUAGGAAAUAAUGGACGAAUAGAAAACAUUGUCUCUGCCCACAUCAUUAAUACAUACCACAAACAGCAAAACCUUAACUAGAGGUAUGGAUAUGGACCCAUUUGUGCAAAGUUCCAUAUGUGAGAAUAUGUGUGAGAGAAUUUGUGGAUGAAAAGAGAAAAAGAGAGCCAAAAUGAUGCAUGGAGUGGAUUAUUUAAUAAAAGGCUGGCCUGUACCUUUAAUGCACUGAGAGUUUAUUAUGAAUAUUUGUUUAUUAAAAAAAUAAUAAAUACCUUUUAACUAA